AUGACUGUACCCGUUGCUUUUCUCCAGGCCUACUAUAGCUUGGUAUACUUCGCCACACUAGGAACUUGUGAUAAAGUAUUUUAUGGAAGUCAGAGAAUUUUUGGCUUUGAUUUGCAUCAAAUGACAAAGAAUUUCCUCAUUACCGGCGCUGCCAGAGGCAUCGGCCGAGGGUUGUCGCGACUUUUGCUCCAGCGAGGUCACAGCGUCUUCCUGAUUGACAACAGCAAGACUGAACUGGAACACACAAGCGAUUAUCUAGCUCAGAAUUUCUCAAGCAGCAAAUAUUCUGUGGCACUUUGCGAUAUAUGUGAACCAUUGCAAAUAAAAUCCGCCAUUGAGAAAGCGGCAAAGUUUUUCAACGGGCACUUGGAUGUCCUCAUCAACAAUGCCGCAUAUACCGGGGCAGUAGGAAGCGCACCUUUUGCUGAACUGAGCCUUGAGAUGUGGAACAAAAGCAUCCAAACAAACUUGACGGGAGCAAUGUUGAUGAGUCAGGGCUGUCUACCCAUGCUAAGAAAAGGCGCCGGUCGCCAGAGGGGUGGCUGCAUAAUUCAUAUGUCAUCAACGCGUGCACUUCAGUCUGAGCCAAAUUCCGAGGGUUACGCAGCUACUAAAGCUGGCUUAAUCGGGCUCACGCACGCGAUGGCUUGCAGCUUGGCUGGCGACAGCAUUGCCGUCAAUGUCAUUCUCCCUGGCUGGAUUCAUGUUGCAAAUGAAUGCAAAGACGGCGGUGCAUGGGAAGAUCUAUUAUCAAAAGAAGAUCAUAGAUGGCACUUUUCGAAUCGUGUGGGUAAGGUGGAGGAUAUACUACGAGCAGUUGAGUAUCUAGCGGACGCUGAAUUUGUCACCGGGACUGAGAUGGUUGUGGAUGGAGGCGUAACUAGAAAGAUGGUGUAUCCUGAGGUAUAAGUUUUUGUCACCUUAGAAAAGUGUACAAUAAAUUAAAAGUCUAUUUUCUUGGUUUGAGGAAUUAACAAAACAAUGAUUUGUCCCG